CAUAGAUGACACUAAAUAGACGACAUGCUUGAAAAAUUGUUGUCUAUAACUCAAUAGACGACGCGGAAUAGGUUGCACGUUGUCUAUGAGCGAGAAAUCAGACAACAUGCAUUAAAACACGUAGUCUAAUAGGGGAAUAGACGACAUUUUGCUGGCGCGUCGUCUAUAGUAGGCGGUCAUAGACAACGCGCGCGAAAAAUGUCGUAUAUUCUAUAAUAGACGACAUCCUCCUCUUGUCGUCUAUUAUUCAAGUUUUGAAUCAGAUAUUUUUUCCUAAGUUUACCUCCACACCACUUUGACCUAGCCUCCUCCUUGCACCCGCUCCGCCCUAGCGCCGCUGCACCCCCUGAACCUCAACCUCCGCCUCCAGUCGAAGAAGACAUUGGGAGCUCUAUCUCCAGUCGCCGGCAGCCCUCGCCUCGCCGCGCCUACCCCACCGCGUCUCUCCUCCAGUCGAAGAAGACAUUGGGAGCCCUAACUCCAGUCGCCUGCUCUCGUUCCGCCGUGCCUCCGCCCGAUCUCGCCGCUCCUCCUGCACUCACCCGAAGCCCUCGCCACCUCCUCCGUUCGGCAGCAGCAGCCAAUAGCAUCUUGUUCACUCAAAUUUGUUUGUGCCUUUGGAUUCCCGCCGCCUCCGCGUCCACCUCAGCCUCCGGGGCACCGCUUCAGUCAUCACCACAGGCGGCAUCCCUCACCCUGUUUCAGACUUCUCCACUCCGUCGCGCCCAGGCCGUCUCCGCCCGCGCCAACCUCCGCAUCUCUACCACCAUCGCUUUAGUGUCGCGGCGAAUAGGCAGCGCCAGUCUGCGCCUCGACUACACCGCCCGUCGAGGGACUGCCUGACCGCCGACGCAGUCCAAGCUCUUGAUUGAUUGCACGAGACUGGCUAAGACUUGAUCGGAGUUGAAAGAAUAUCCUGUGGAGGCUUGCAGUUUGCACCUCUCAGUUCUUGACCUGUCAAAUAAUUCACUGUCUGGUUUGCCUUCUGAGAUUGGUAAGGUUUUGUAGAUAUUUUGCAUCCCUUUUUUGUUGUGCCUUGCAAAUGUUGGUAGCAUCUUUAUCUUGUCCGUGGAUCUGUCUGAGUAGGACAUCUGCUACUGCUUGUUACUAUGAAAUAUCUUCACGAGAUACCUAUUUCCUUGGGAGAGUUAGAAAACUACAGAGUCCAGCUCAAACCCUGAUGACUGAUUUAAUCUUUUCCAGCUAGUCUAGAAUUAUAUUAUGCUGUGUUGUUUAUCCCUCCACUUUCAUGUUGGAUGCUGUCUUUCGAGGUGGGUUGUGAAAGCCCUUUUAUUCAAUUUUGGAAGAAAAGUGAGGAAGUUUCGAUGAUGAAGCGGCACUCAAUGUUGUGAGGAUGCAUAUGCUGCUAAUAGCUUGAUGAUAACACUGCGGAAACUUUUACUCGCUGGUAACCCAUUGAGAACACUUCGGAGCUCACUGGUAAAUGGACCUACAACUGCUCUGUUGAAGUAUCUUCGAAGUAGACUCCCAAAAGAUGAAGAGUCUGCAGCACCCUCAGCUGUGAAACAGGACCCUUUUGCUCUAGCUGCUCAGUCAUCUCUGACUUCAAAGGUUGAUUUGCUAUUGGAAAGUGGAGAAUAUUUCUUAAGUGAUCAAACGAAUCAAGCAAAGAAGUGGCAGGAAAAGCAAGUGAAACAAGCAGCUAAAGUGACUGAAACCAAAAGGAAACGAGAAGAGGCAUUUUUAUGAUCAACAAUAUUUUAUUGGAUUUGAUGUAGGAUGUUAAUUUGUAUGAUGGAUACUUUUUCAAUGUAGGAUGAUAAAGAAUAUUUGAAAUUAAUGAAUGACCUUUUUAUUA